AUGCUUCCCACUCGCAGCCGGCAAAGGCCAGAUGGGCCUCGCUUGAUCUACGUGACCCGCUUCGCCUCACACCGCCAUGGCGUGUGGCAGUUGAGGGGCCUCCGAGGUUUCGGCCAUCGAGGCCCAGGAUUCGAGGCCCGCUGUGCCUUAAAGCAAGCAGCGGUGGAGCCCGAGCCCCCGGGAGGAGAGCAGCCCACCGGUUCCCAGGCCGGGGUCACCGAAAGCCCAGAUUCUGCCUCUUUCCAGUGGACGUCGAGAGCGCCCAGGGACCGGGAGCGAGCAGCGCGGGCAGGUGUAAACCAGAAAAAUGCAACGAAAGAGUUUGAUUUCCCCAUACAACUGAAUGAAGCCUCCAAACUAAUGAAGGCGAGGAAAAAGGCCUCUGUGUGGAACAAAGUACAUCAGGUCAUUUCCAGAAUGAUUGCAGAAAAUGAAAAAUACAGACAGAGACUGAAGUGCCACAAUUUAUCUAGUGAUAUUCCAGUUACUACAAGAUGAAUGCGAACCUUCCUGUCUUCUCUGGUGAGAGUCCACUGAGAUCCCUG